CACGUUAAUACAAAACCGAAAAAUAAAGAAAAAACAUAUACGAAGAUGAACGAAGAAGAAAUAAGAAAAUGAUGAAAGAAACAACCAGUGGCCUCAUUGUAAUUCUUUACUUCGCUUCUAAACUACGUCCCUUUUCGUUUUCCCAUUACGCUUUGGAUCUAUUUCUCGAUCAUUGCAGCCACACCCACAGCCACGUUUCUUUCCGUUUUUCUAUUUCCAUUUUUUUCUGGAUAAUCACCAUAGCUAAGGAGAAACUCUUCUGCAGCAUUAAUAUAUGGGUGAAACAUCAGACUGAAGUGUAAAGUCUGAGUGUUUAUUGUGUAAUUGUGCCAUGCCAAUCAAUAUACAGCCAAGUAAUGGAUUGUUGAAACCUGCUGAGGACAUGGGAUUUGGUUUGGAGUUCAGAAAGAGCAGCACAAAACAGCAUAGCAGUUCAAAGACAGCUAAAGAAAGUUCUGUAUUGCCCCAUUCGAAACAAAGUUGGAAGGAUGCUGAGAAGUUGAAGUCAAAGAGUGAUCUCAAACAGAAAGGCAAGUUGGAUGCAGAAGGGAAGAUUCAGAACUCAGAAACUGUGAGGAGAAGGGCAACUGAAAGAGAUGAACUUGUCAAGCACAUGUCUAAUUUGCCAGGCUAUCUCCUGGGUACCGAUAAAGUAGAAAACUUUCAAGAGAAAGCUUUCAAUGUUGGUGUUCUAGAUUGGUCUCGGCUUGAGAAGUGGAAGCAUAAGCAGAAGCAUAUCCCAGUACUAGUUAGUAGUUUCACAUCACUCAAUAACAGUGAAUUGUCAUCAAGAACAGCUGCCAAACCAUCUAUCAGUGUUGGAGGCAAGGAAAAACUUAAUGAUAAGAAAAGUUUGCUUUCUUCAGGCAUAAGGUCAUCUUAUAGGGAAUCCUUUCCUGAAAGUGCCAAACAUCCUUUUCAUGAUGUCAAACGAUUUGAAUCUUCCAAAACUGUAACUAAGAGCAUAGGAGAUGAGAAGAGCUUGACACCCCGGGCAUUUGAGUACUUUGGAAACAAAACUCACUCAGAUAUAUCACUUGAAAAGGAGAGGAGGAAUGGCUAUAGUAAAAGAACUUCACAAGUCAAGAAUUUUGCAUCAAACGCGAAGCUCCAUGGCAUCUCAUAUCUUAAUGAAAACGGUAGGGAUGAUGGAUCUAAGCAGAACAUGGAGGAUUGGAAAGAGCAUAACCAUAAUAAAAAAGAGAGAAAUUAUAAGUCCAGCGCUGAUAUGGGACAUCCAUCAUUAAAAUCAAAAAGAAAAGGGGCAUCAUCCAGUCCUAAGAAGAUGAAUUCCAGCUGUAGUGAAACCAGGAAAAAGGUGGAUCAGUUGCAGGAAUCAGAUUUUGACAUUGGUCGGAAACAUUACCAUAUCAAGCCAAGUAAUAUUGUGCUUCUUUGUCCAGUAGAAAUUCCCCAGUCAAGUUCUUCAGAGGAUUUUCAGCUUUCUGAAUCAAGAACGUCAUCGGAUGAAAAUUUUUCGGAAUCAACCAAAAGUAGUUUGUCAUAUGUUUCCCUUCCUGAUGAGGUUUACACUCCACAAUCCGGGCCACUGCGUUCUGCAGUUGAGUUUUCUUCUUUGGAAAUGAUGCAACACAGCAUUAGUACUGAUCUGGGUGUAGAUCGUUCUUCUGUUGUGUCUGAGAUACCAUCUUCCACAAUAAAUAAAAUUUCUAGUCUGCAAUCUGCGAGCGCUUGCUUUGAAAAGGAUAUGUUUGAUGCUAAGCUGAGAGAUCAGUGUGCUUUUAGUAAAUUGAAGGAAUCACUGGACCAAGAAACUGCUGAGCUGACAGCUCAGAAGGAAAUGAAUACUUCCCAUAACCGUCGGUUUAGCUUCAGCUUAAGUCGAAUUGGAAGAAGUUUCAGCUUCAAAGAGGGGCCUACGCUUCCACAAUAUAGUUCCAUGCAUGUUAGUGCAAAGUCUGGUCCGGUGACGCCUCAAUCUUCUGUUCGUUGGGAUAAUCCAAGCAAAGAGAAGGCCAAUAGUCAUAUCAGAAACCGGUCCAGCCCCUUGCGGAGGUUGUUAGACCCUUUAUUGAAGCACAAGGCAUCAGAUAAACACCAUUCAGCUCAAAGGGAUCAGACACUAGAGGGAAUUGCGAAUUCAAGCUUCAGGACUAUCGGUGUCAAUGAAUCACUGCUGGCUGAGAAGAGCCAAGGAUCAUCAGUUCAAGGCCUCUUGCAGCUUACAAUAAAAAAUGGAGUGCCUUUGUUGAAAUUUGUGCUCAACAAUGAAAGAAAGAUUUUUGCUGCUACCAGGAAUAGUUUAGCAUCACUGGAGAAGGGUGAUUUAGGCAGCUGUUUUACAUUCUACCUGGUUAAUGAAAUUAAGAAAAAGAGUGGUGGAUGGAUAAGCCAUGGAAACAAAGAAAAAAGCUGUGGCUAUGCCUACAAUGUUAUUGCUCAGAUGAAGUUUUCUAGCUGUAAAAUCACCGAACCAACCAAUCAGAACUCCAAUAGAAAGUGUAUGGUUAAAGAAUAUGUUCUGGUGGGUGUUGAAAUCAGCCAGACGGAUCAAGGACCACCGAAGUUCAUCCAGAGCAUGGAGCUUGCAGCUGUUGUUGUUGAGACCUCAUGUGAAAAGAGCACUGUAGGACUGGAUGAUGAUAAUAACAUGCUGAAGAAAGGAUGCUCAAAGUGCUUGACGGAUGAAAGAUGCUUGUGCAGUUCAGGAGACAAUGAUGCCUCUGAUUGCACUACAGUUGUACUUCCAGGUGGUGUGCAUGGUUCACCAAACAAAGGUGAACCUACACCUUUGAUCUAUCGAUGGAAAACCGGGGGAUCAUGUGAUUGCGGGGGUUGGGACAUUGGUUGCAGACUGCUUGUGCUCUCCAACCAGAACCAGAAUUCAAGUAUUGCAAAGAGCUAUAAACCUUACAAUGAUCGUUUUCAACUUUUUGUUAAGGAAGGAGCUGAGCAAGAAAAACCACUUUUCACUUUGUUGCCACUGAAGGAUGGUUUCUACUCGGUUGAAUUCGACUCAACAAUCACUCAUUUACAGGCAUUUUUCAUUUCAGUUGCGGCUUUAAGCUGCCAGAAACUACCAGGUUCCUUGGAAAUUGGUAACAUGCAUGAAGAGAUCCUUAACCUUAAGGAACCCAGUUCCAAGAACAACAGAAAACUUCAGGGGAAAGCACCUUUAAAAUAUGCUCCAAUGCCUCCACUAUCCCCUGUCGGCAGAGUUUAAACUCACAAGAAGUUUUCUUUUUUGUUGUUCAUACCUCAUAGUUAUCACUAUUAGCUUUUAAGAUCUUCAAGUAGCUGAGAAAUAGCAAUGCAAAUGCAAUUGUCAUAAAUGUUACUCUUGCUCUUGAAUUUUUACACUUUCAUUUUACACCUACCUUUUAUUUGAAAAGGGGAUAGAGGGAAAAAAAAAAUAACAAAAGGGAAAAUGUGAUUUUCUCUCCCUCUAUUUAGUGUAAAAGGUGAGCGUAAAAUGGAAGUGUAGAAAAUCAAGUCUAGGAGUAACAUUUUUUACUCUAUUUUCUUCUGUUUUUCUUUCAUACAUGCAAUCCAGUAUAGAAAAUAGACAAAAAAGGUCCAUUCCACUGGAAUGUUGUGGCAGAAACUGGGAUGGUCGUUGUAUUAUCGUAAUCAUUGUACAAAAGAAAUCACUGCAGCAACACCAUCUUUGUACAAAACGAAACCUCAGUGAAUAAUACCAGCAGGGUUAUCCUCUGCAGUGGUUGAACUCUUUAAAAA